CCGGUUGCCGAGCGCGGGCGCGGGGGGCGGAGCUCGGAGGAGACGGGGAAGGGGUCGCCGCCGAGGCUCCCGCUCCUCGAGUUGGGGGCCCUCUCGGGCGCUGCUACGGGGACGUCGUGGCCCCAGAGCGCGUGGCCGCGGUCUCCCGGAGACACGCUCAGCUGCGGCCAGAGGCAACAUGAGUGCGGCGGGGCUGUUGGCUCCGGCUCCAGCCCCGGCUGGGGCGCCGCCGGCCCCGGAGUAUUACCCUGAGGAGGACGAAGAGUUGGAGAGCGCCGAGGACGAUGAGCGCAGCUGUCGGGGCAGAGAGUCGGACGAAGAUACUGAGGAUGCUAGUGAAACUGACUUGGCAAAGCAUGAUGAAGAAGACUAUGUAGAAAUGAAGGAACAGAUGUAUCAGGACAAACUGGCUUCUCUCAAGAGGCAGUUGCAACAACUACAGGAAGGUACAUUACAGGAAUAUCAGAAGAGAAUGAAAAAACUAGAUCAGCAGUACAAAGAGAGGAUACGAAAUGCAGAACUCUUCCUCCAGCUGGAAACGGAACAAGUGGAAAGAAAUUACAUUAAAGAAAAGAAAGCAGCAGUGAAAGAAUUUGAAGACAAGAAAGUUGAGCUGAAAGAGAACCUGAUUGCUGAGCUGGAAGAAAAGAAGAAGAUGAUUGAAAAUGAAAAGCUGACAAUGGAACUCACUGGAGAUUCUAUGGAAGUGAAGCCUAUCAUGACCAGAAAGUUGCGGAGGCGGCCAAACGAUCCUGUUCCCAUCCCAGACAAGAGGAGGAAACCUGCUCCUGCCCAGCUAAACUAUUUGUUAACAGAUGAACAGAUCAUGGAGGAUCUGAGAACAUUAAAUAAGCUUAAGUCACCCAAGAGACCAGCAUCCCCAUCCUCUCCUGAACACUUGCCUGCCACACCUGCAGAGUCUCCAGCCCAGAGGUUCGAAGCUCGGAUAGAAGAUGGCAAACUGUACUAUGAUAAAAGAUGGUACCACAAGAGCCAAGCCAUCUAUCUGGAGUCAAAGGACAACCAGAAACUGAGCUGUGUGAUUAGCUCUGUCGGAGCCAAUGAGAUCUGGGUGAGGAAAACAAGUGACAGCACCAAAAUGAGGAUCUACUUGGGCCAGCUUCAACGAGGGCUCUUUGUGAUCCGCCGGCGGUCAGCAGCUUGACUUUUCUACAGUAUUCUUCUUCCCGUGACCCUUUUCCUGGAGUGGUUUUUAUUUUUGUUUUGUUUUCUUUUUAAUAGAAAAUUUUUAACUAACUGGGAAUGGCUACCUGGACUUGGAAAUGGAGAACACUGUCAUGGAUUUCUCAAGGCACUUUUGUGCCUGGCCACUUUCAUCUUUGUGUCAGUCUUUUCUGCCUCGACUUCUUCCAGGCAUCAGUUACCAUGGGACUGUUUUACUUUCAGGAGUAUUGGGAGUUUGAUUUACUCUCCUUUUAUUUCUUUCUUUUUUGCUUAUACUUUGUCUUUUUUUUUUUUUGAAAAUUGCUUUGAGUUUGCAGAGAUAGCUCUUUCUGUUAAUUAUCUUUAGGUCUUUCUACCAUGGAGAAGAACAGGAAGGGAUACACUCUACAGGGCAUUUUCAUGAUUUGAAUCUGAUGAGUGGAUCAUGUAGCUACUUCCCUCCUUGAGCCCAAUUCACUGUUUCCCCAGAAGCUUGGGGCAGAGGUCCUAGCAGAAGGAGAUUAAUUCUCCUGGCUCUCAGCCUUCUCGGAGAAGUAAAUGCCUUGUGUGACAUCUGGCACGUGCCAUCCAUCCCACUGGCUAAAUGAUGGAAAAAUGUGCCUGGAGACUGUGUGCACUGAAGUAAAUGGG